AUGGCAGACGAAGGCAUCGACCGCAAAGCCGAAGAGCGUAUGGAGUUCAACACCUCCAAGGAGGUCACCGUGGCACCUACCUUCGAGGCGAUGCACCUGAAGGAGAAUCUGUUACGAGGAAUCUACGCAUACGGCUACGAAUCGCCGUCCGCCGUGCAGUCGCGCGCCAUCGUCCAGAUUUGCAAGGGCAGAGAUACCAUCGCGCAGGCUCAGUCUGGAACGGGAAAGACGGCGACUUUCAGCAUCUCCAUUCUACAGGUCAUUGAUACGGCUGUUCGCGAGACUCAAGGUAUGCAACACAUGCUUCUUACGCUAACAAGAUCGACACACUGACCGCCAAACAGCACUCGUCCUCUCCCCUACACGCGAACUCGCGACUCAAAUUCAGAGCGUCAUGCUCGCUCUCGGCGACUACAUGAACGUGCAGUGCCAUGCCUGCAUUGGAGGAACGAACGUCGGGGAAGAUAUCCGCAAGCUCGACUACGGACAGCACGUUGUAUCUGGUACACCGGGAAGAGUGGCAGACAUGAUCCGUCGACGCAACCUGCGGACUCGACACAUCAAGAUGCUUGUUCUGGAUGAGGCCGACGAACUCCUUAACAGAGGCUUCCGGGAGCAGAUCUACGACGUGUAUCGAUACCUUCCUCCUGCGACUCAAGUGGUGGUCGUGUCUGCCACGCUCCCAUACGAUGUCUUGGACAUGACGACCAAGUUCAUGACCGAUCCCGUCCGAAUUCUCGUCAAGCGUGACGAACUGACCUUGGAAGGACUAAAGCAAUACUUCAUUGCGGUCGAAAAGGAAGAGUGGAAGUUCGAUACGUUGUGUGAUCUCUACGAUACACUCACGAUUACACAGGCUGUCAUCUUCUGCAACACGCGCCGUAAGGUUGACUGGCUUACGGACAAGAUGCGAGAUGCCAACUUCACGGUGUCGAGCAUGCACGGUGAGAUGCCGCAGAAGGAGAGAGACAGCAUCAUGGGCGAAUUCAGGCAAGGCAACAGCAGGGUGCUCAUCAGCACGGACGUCUGGGCUCGCGGUAUCGACGUUCAACAGGUCUCGUUGGUCAUCAACUACGAUUUACCCUCGAACCGUGAGAACUACAUUCACCGUAUCGGCCGCUCUGGUCGCUUCGGACGCAAAGGCGUGGCCAUCAACUUCGUUACUAGCGAAGAUGUUCGAAUUCUGCGCGACAUCGAGCUGUACUAUUCCACACAGAUCGACGAAAUGCCGAUGAAUGUGGCCGACCUGCUCUCUUAA